GAAGAAAAAGAAGAAGAAGGAAGUCUUUUAUUUUGUUCACGGGAAGUUUGUGCGGAAGUUGUUGCAGCAGCAGCUGUCUGGAGGCAAACGAAGAAGAAGAGGAGGAAGAAGAGGUAGAAGUAGUACAACUAGAAGAAGUAGAAAUAGAACGAGAAGUAGUCGAAGCUUCUAGAUCCAACUUUCCCACACAAAAUAUCCGUGCUGAUCAACGGUGCUUUGUCUUAUCUUCGGCCGAUAUCAGCAACUCCUCCGCCGGCCUGGGGUCCUUGCGGGCGAUGGCGAGGUCGAGUCACAGCGAGCACGUCCUCCAGCAGCUCAACAACCAGCGCGAGUGGGGCUUCUUGUGCGACUGCCUCAUCGCAAUCGAUGACAUCUACUUCCGGGCUCACAAGGCGGUGCUAGCGGCCUGCAGCUCCUACUUCAGGAUGAUGUUUAUCCGCGACCAGCAGGGAGCGGCGCGACUAGACCUCAGCAACAUGCAGAUCAGUGCCGAGUGCUUCGACCUCAUCCUGCAGCUGAUGUACCUUGGCCGCAUUGUGGCGGGAAACUACGACUUUGACCACCUCAAAGCGUCUAUGGCGUACUUACAGAUGUACUACAUCCCUGACUCCCUGGAUGACCUGAGGGACAACCACGCCCCCAAUUUAGCCCCGUGUUCAUCGGCGUCCUUGUCCAGCUCGUCAACGGUGACCUCUGGCGGGAAAAUGAUGUUUGGCGUCCGCAUGUAUGAGCGGCAGAAACCUGCGCCUGCUCAGGAACUGAAUCGCCUCGCCAGAUCCGUCAGCAGGUCCGAGGGGGGCGCGACAGAAGACGGGCCCAGCCUGCCCGUCUUGGCUGUGGAUGGGGGUGCGGAGCAACCAUGUGACCUGAGGAAGAGGAAUGCGGGACGGAGCGUAGCCCUAAAGGAACGCCCUCGCUUUGGCCGCACAUUUACCUGCGAUGACUGUGGAUUUGUCUUCAGCUGUGAGAAACUUCUAAUCGAGCACAUCCUGACUUGCACUAACAGGAAGACUUACCAGCCGGGCCAAAGCGGGGACGCGGAUGCCGCUGUCACGGCCGAGAGCUCUGCCUCUGACAGUGCGGAGGAACACAGAGCGCUCUCUGACCUCUGCUCGCUAGCAGUGGUGCCAAACAGUGAGGCGGAAUCUACCCGCUGUGUUUCCAUCAAGACGGAACCGCCUGACAGCCCGCUCGCCGAAGCCCAGUGCGUCGACGGCACCGUUUUGGUGUCUGCUAGCGUAGGAAAAGCUGCGCCGAACGAAGGAGGAACACUCCUAGAAGAGGCGCCCAGCGUUUCUGGCGUGGACAUGCCGCUUUGCGAUGCUUCUGGAACAUCGGCUCAGUUUUUUGAGGUGAAAGAAGAGGAGAGCGAAGCCGCCCCCUGCGAGCUGUGUGGGACUUUACUAAGCGAAGACGACAAGUCAGCGCACUACCUGUCUAGUCACAUGGGCCACAUCUGCGCUUGCGGGAGGUGUGGCCAAGUGCUGAUCAAAGGCCGCCAACUGCAGGAGCACGCCGAGCGCUGCGCCGAGACCCUCGGUGGUGAGUCGGACUCACACGACGAGGAUGAGCCUCACGCUGUGGAAGAGGGGGCGGAGCUUGCCUGCCCUCACUGCGGCCUGCCCUUCCACAGCGAGAGCCUGGCGCUGGAACACGCCUUGUCCUGUCACGAGCCCGACCUCUUCCGCGGCGGGCCAGACCAUCGCCGCAAACAUUUCUGCACCAUCUGCGGCAAAGGCUUCUACCAGCGCUGCCACCUGCGCGAGCACUACACCGUGCACACCAAGGAGAAGCAGUUCACCUGCCAAACGUGCGGCAAGCGCUUCCUACGUGAGCGCCAGCUGCGGCUGCACACGGACAUGCACCGCGGCGUGGCGCGCUACGUCUGCCCCGUGUGCGACCAGGGCACCUUCCUCAAGCAUGACCAUGUCAGGCACAUGAUUUCGCACCUGGCGGCCGGCGAGACCAUUUGCCAGGUGUGCUGUCAAAUCUUUCCUGGCGGCGAGCAGCUGGAGGAGCACAUGGACGUCCACCUGUACGUGUGCGGUGUGUGCGGACAGAAGUUCCGCCUUCGCAAGGACAUGCGCAGUCAUUACAACCAGAAACACGCCAAGAGGCUGUAAGACCAUUGUCAGCGCCGUUGUCUCUUCUGUGACACGUCAUUGGUCACUGAGCUAUUGUGGGCGGGUCAAAGACAACACUGCAUCCUUGUGGACUUGAAAGGGUUGGCAUGUGAUGAUAAUAAUCUAUUCACAUUUUGAAUAAAUGUCACUUUUGUCAACAA